UCACCCGCCGUUCCAAGAUGGAAGAAAAGGGAGCGAUGUGAUCUAGCUGCAUUUAGUUUUUCCAUUAUUUCUGCUUGCUGUUGAUUGCAAAUCCUGAUUAAGACGUGUUACUUAUCUUUGAAGUACGUAUUAUAUGACACAAGGUAAAAAUGUGGCCAUUACUGCUUGAUAUGACUCGUGACGACUCAAAACGAAUACUACGGAGAUUGGAAUUAGAAGCAUACUCUUCUUUAAUAUCAGCCUUCAGAGCUCAAGGAGAUUUGACCAAAGAAAAGAAGAAGAUUUUACAGGACUUACAAUACUACUUGAGUAUUUCAACCGAACGACACAGAGCUGAAGUACGAAGGGCCAUUAAUGAUGAAAAGCUUUGCACAGUGGCUGAUUAUGUUUCAGGGCCAAAUACAAUGUCAGAAUGGCUGAUAGAAGGCAGAAGACUGAUCCCAUUAAUGCCCAGACUGGUUCCACAAACCGCUUUUACUGCUAAAGCUAAUGAGGCUGCUAACUUGCAGGCAGAAAAGAAUGCUAGUAUGCCUGUUCCAUCAUUAACAGGAAAUAAAGAUUUGACAGUCAGCUCUUCACCACCGCUACCAGUGAACAAUAAUGUUGUGACAAAAACAAACCGACCAACUAGUCCAAACUCUAAUGUUGUAGUCCUGCCUAGUGGAAUGUCAAUUCACAUCAAAGGGGGACUGAACACAGAAGAUGAAGACGAAGGACCUGAGAGGAAAAGACGUAGAAGUCAUUCCAGCGAGAGCUUGGUGUCUCCAUCAGCAUCAACACAGACCCCAAGAGUAACAUAUACUACAACAACACCCAGUCCUGUUACUGGUAUAUCACCAAUGAAAAUUACUAUCAGUAAAAGUCCUAGAAGUCAAAUGACUACUACUGCUACCCAGUCACAAAAGGUUAUUUUAGUAUCCUCUGGUCAAACUUCUCCAAAUGUUCUACAGAAAUCUAUCACAGUUCCAGUUGUCAAAACAUCAACCAACCUGACAGGAAGCAAUAAAGCCUCCAUUAUACUACCUAAUUCAACAGGAACGUCUACUGUUAUCACCACACCAACUAUGGUAUCUGCUGGUUCAGGUACUUCAGUUACAAGUUCUACGAUGACCUUCUUAACCCCAACAGUUAGCAUACCAAGACCAAGAGUGAAGACUUUCCCUCGACAGAGGUUUCCAAAUGUACAGCAAGGUGUGCAAAAACCAGGUGUUGUGAUACCAAUGGGCCCUCAACCUGUUCAGCCCAACCCUCAAACUGUUCAGAACAUACACAUCAAAUCUGUCAAAUCACCCAAUGUCCAGAUCAGACAGGAAGGAGGCAUGAAAAUAAUCAGUGCUGGAGGAUCUGGAAAAAUAUUACCAAAAAUCUCUCAGACAACGUCAGCUUCUGGUACUCCUGUAGUUGUCGUUAGUGCUGGGUCAUCGUUGUCAAGUUCAUCUAAUGUUACCAUGGUAACCAGACCUAUCACUUCAAUUGGUCAGAGUGGAGCAAAGAUUUUAAAUAUCACAACACAAGGUGGAAAGAUAAUCUCUACAGGGACAGCCAGAAACCCUAAUGUUGUCACUGUUAACCCUAAAACUUUACAACUUCAUGCUGUUAAAACAUCGGGAAAUAAACUUGGAGGUAAACCAAAUGUUAUAGUGGUACAGAAAACUCAACCAAGACGAUCUAUCAGCACUCCAACUAGUACUGCAUCCAAAACAAUCAAAUCAUCGGCUUUUGAAAAGGAAUUGGUAAAUUUUUUGCAAAGACAAGAUUCUACGAAACAUAUUGUUGUAUCGACACCAAGUGGUCAAAGAACAAUUGAAAGAAAGGUUAUUGUGACUACUCCUGGUCAGCUGGAAGCCACAAGACAGAGAAUAAGAAUGGAAGCAGAAGCCAAGAAUAACAACAUUUUAGCAGAUUUGAUAAAGGCAGCAGGGAUUCAGGAAGGUGAAGGUAGUGGGGAUGUGACCAUUAAUCUGGACGAGGCUACCAUGGCUGCUCUUACAGCAUCAAGUCAGGGUUCAGAACAGAACAGAGUUGUAACUAGUCAAGCUCUUCCUAGUAAUGAAUGGUUUGAGUAUGAUGAUGGAAACCAAGCCUACACCAGUCAGGGAAUAGAUAACCAAGCCUUACAGGCUAUUAUUGAUUCCCAGCCUUCCACCUCUCAGGAUAAACCAAAGGUUACAGUACAGAGGGCUUCCAGUAUAGACCUGAGUCAGUUAAAUGUGGACCAGCUAUCACAGCAACAGUACUACACAAUAGAACAAGCAAUGAGGAUGUUAAAUCAACCAGACAAAACAGCUGAGGGAGUAUCUAUUCUUAGAAUGGACUCUUCUGAAGGAGAGACUCAACAGACAGAGGUGGAAACAACAGUUAUUCAAGAGGAAAUUCCUGGUGCAGCAAUUCAAGUGUCAAAUCAAAAUUCUCAAUCUGAGUUAGAACAAAUAGCACAACGUUUAAACUUACAAGGGGAGUUAGAUCCCCAGACUGGAAUAUUCUAUAACACAAACUCAUCUACAGACAAUUCUUCAUCCUCAUCAUCAGACAUAACACAAUCUCAGAUAGUAGUGUCCGCUGGGGCAAAAUCUUUUGACUUGUUAAGUAGUUCAUUAGAAGAAGCUCAAAUUAACUUAGAUUCUUAUCAAUUUAUGGAAGAGGAUAUAUUAACAACGGAAAAAGUUACCACAGAAGCUGUGGGGCAACCUGGUACAGAAGUUGUAGAAGUGUCCUCUACACCUUAUGAAGUUUAUACCUCAGGUCCUGAGGAAUCUGUCGGUCAGGAAACUGUUAUUGUAUCCAGUAGUAAUGAAGGAUCUCACAUGGGUCCUAUGAUUCGGAUCAAAUCAGCAUCAUCUAGCAGUUUUAUACCAAUACAAGAAAUCUCAAAAUCAUCUACCAUCAAUAUCACCACACAUACACAGCCAUCAACAAGUGUUAUACAUGAGGCAGUUUUAUCACAAGAAGAAGGAAUCUAUACAGCUGAAAUUAUUGACGAUUCCAAUCCAAAUAUCACUCAAAACAUAGACUCCUCUUUCAUAACAACUGUCCCUAUAAGUGAUGUACCAGUCACGAUAGAAACCACUUCAGUUGACCCUGUAGAGGUUGAAGGUGAAAUUGUUGGAUUGGAAGACAUAGGUACGAUCAGCAAUACAUCAUCAGGUGCUAAUAGUGGUGUUGAUUCAGGAGACUCCAGCCUUGAUGCUAUACGCUUGAGUAAACGAAAACGUCGACCACCCAGUGCAUUAGAGGAUAGUCCAACUUCACAAUCCAUUGGUUGGGCAAAAUCUUGUCUGUGGUUAAUACAGAGAGUAUCUAAGUAUAGAGGUUUGAGUAGAGACAAAGGAGAAAUGAAUGCUGCAUCAUGGUUCCUAAAACCAGUUGAUCCUAAUGAUGCCCCUGAUUAUUACAACAUUAUAAAGAGCCCAAUGGACUUUGGAACGAUCAAAAGAAAAUUAGAGAUGGGAAGUUGCAAUGAUUAUGAGGAAUUCCAUUCUGAUAUGCUGUUAGUUAGAGACAAUUGUAGAACGUAUAAUCCCCCAGGCAGUGUUGUCAGGAGGGACUGUGAUGAAGUCUUUGCAUUCUAUAUGUCAGAAUAUGAAAAAUUAUUAGAAAAAUGGCAGAAGGUUCAGUUCCCAUCACCAGCUUCAAAAAAGUUGAAAUUUGAAAGUCGGAGUCCUGUGAAGUGAAGGAGUUAACAACAUGAACGUUUUACUAGUAACACAUGUGUUAAUUGGAUCAGUUGUUUACCUAACAGUGAAGUAUAUACUGUACCCAAACAGUAUACCUGUCAAGCAUGUUCAGUGCUAUACCAACCAGUUUAAGUAUACAUUGAAACAGUAUAGUCUAUAGACAAGUCACAUGGUUAAAUUAGUUGAGAGAGAGAAUGAAUGAAAGAUAGAAACUUCUAUGUUGACACUUUAAUUCCUAGGAUGUUUCUCUAUUUGUGCCAAUUUAAAGUACAGUUAAAAGCAUGGUUGAUACGAGAGUUCAAGUGCUUCUGUGUGAUCGGUGUAGUGAGAUCAUAUUGGUCCUUAAGCUGGACCUGUGUAGUGUGUUCAGAUUUGUCCGUCAGCAAGACCUCUGUAUUGAUCAGAUUAGUCAUUCAGCAAAACCUGUGUAGUGUGUUCAAAUGACCUGUGUAAUGUGUUCCAUAACAUAACUGUCUUGUUUUAUUUACAUGAAUCAUCAAGAUUUCAAAUCAUUAUUCAAAAUUCAUCUUGUAAUUUGUCAUUAUAAGUUAUUCAUAUUGAAUUUUAUUAAGUCUAUUCAUAACUUUUUUUCUGAUCUAAUGCAGUAAUUGUGCCAAAAAUAUUAUAUUCAUAUGCAGUGAAAAGAGAUUUUGUUAUGUCCAGUUGUUUUGUUGAAUGUUAAGAAAUAAUCAUGGUUAUAAAGAACAAAGGUCAUCUAAUAAAUGAUUUAGGAAGCAUCAAAUGGUUUACAGUUGUAUAGUAUAUUCUUUCAUUGUUCUUUUUGUAACAAUACUAUGAUUUAGUUAUUUAAAAAUGCAGUGGAUCCUCCUUUUAAAUGGUAUCAUAAUAUUCCUCCACCGUGGAAGGAAAUAACCAAUUUGCUGUAUUCUAAUGUAAUAUUAUUAAACCAUCUGUACUUCAUUGAUUAUAUACAUAUUUUGGUCAGUUAUGGUGAAUAUUGUGGUUGAUAUCAAAUAGAGUCAAGUCCAGCACAGUUGAUUGAUUCUCAUAGCUCAAGUAAUACUCUUCAGGGUUAUUACUUUACUCUUCAAGGUAAUUACAUUUCCAUCGUUUUAAGUUUUUACCAUGUUUCUGUCACAUGUAUGAAAGUACAUUAACAGUUAGCAUCACUGCCAUAUUAAAGAUAGAACAUAAUGGUAAAAAUUAGUCCAAACAAAACUGGGUAAAAGUAAUGAAAACCAUUUUUAAUGUUGAUGAUUCAACACCUGCUUUUUAUACAUGAUCGAAAUAACAUAUUAAUGUAGGUGCAAACAUUUUAUUUUAAAUUAAUGAAAUAUUGUGAAGGAUGUUAUAAAGAUACACGUAUUUAUCAUUAAAUCAUAUUUUUAACAAGUGCUUGUAAAUACUGAGUUUUAACAAAGGGCAUGGUGCAAGUCAUUUGGUCUCAGACCAUAAACUAUUAUAAACUGUACAUUAUUGUUGACAUGUAUGAUCAUUGUUAAGUAUAAUAAAAGCAAUCUAUAGUCUA